CAAGGUUGUCGACUCGAACUCGAGACCAAAUCCCCGUUCCUAUUAUGACUAGACAGGGGCUUAAGAGUGAAUCGGAGUAUUAUAUAUGAGACGCGUGUUCCUUCUUUCACGCGGAAAGAAACUGAGGAAACGCCGGAGCUAGAAACAUCUCGGAAGAAAGUUUUCUCUGUUCCCGUCUGCAAAUCUCGCCCGUAAAAAUGACAACUUCAAUUCGCCUUGCACAUAGGAAGGUGCAGAAGUUUGAGAAGAACAUUACAAAGAGAGGGGCGGUGCCUGAAAUGACAACAAAGAAAGGAAAUGACUACCCGGUUGGGCCAUUAGUACUAGGGCUCUUUGUCUUUGUUGUCAUCGGAUCUUCUUUAUUUCAGAUAAUCCGGACUGCGACUAGUGGUGGAAUGGCGUGAACUUCUAUUGAAGAGCAGCUCUGGCUACAGGAUACGUUCUCAAUGGAAAUUCAUCAUUGGCUGUCGGGGUCAGAGUGAUUUUUCCAUUGUUAAGGUAGGAAAUAUUGUUUUAACAAAUUUGUAUUAGUGGAUCUUUGGUUCUUCUGAGCCAAAUAUUAUAUAAAUAAGAUCAUCUUUGGUUUUGAUA